GGUGCUGUGGGGUGCCAGUGCCUGAGCCAGGGGAGUGGUACCACCUCCCAGGGGUGACAGGAGUCACGUUGCCAUGGUGCUUGGUGCCAUUUUAUCUUGGGGCCAAUAAAGGCGCCCAUUGCCCUGGGUGCAGAGUGCAGCCACAACAGCAGCACGGGACAGAAGCUCACCUUCAGAAGCAGGAUCCAGACGCACCCCAGCCUUCCACCCAAAAAUGCCGAAGUCAUUGCAGCCCCUCUCGCUCCUGGUCCUGCUCAUCCUCGCUGCCACUGCCCAGGGACAGGCGGACACGGGCCCCAAGGUGCUGCAGCCAUGGCUCCUGGGCCUCACUGCCGUCGUCGUCUUCCUCUUCAUUGUCUUCGUGGUGCUGCUCGUUAACCGUUUCUGGAAUCUCAGGAGGCACAGGAAGGAGAACGACUACCCGGAGACCCUGGCGACUGACAGGCUGGAGCGCUCCGGCCACGUCAACCCGGCGGCCGAGGACUGCGAUGAGCUGAACGACGACAAGCAGCAGAGCAAGGCCACGUCCCUCUGAGUUCUCCCCGCCCCCCUCUGCCCGCUCCGGAACACCUCCGACGGGCGCCUCACCCUCACCCCGUCCGCGGAUCCACGCCGGGUUUCGGCGACAGCCGUGGCCACCGUGGCACCACCCGCCCCGCGGCCGCUCCGGCGGUGACCAAGACCCGGCGCGGAUGGACCGCUCGCCGGAGCGGAGCGGGAAGGGCGGCGGCCGGGGAAGGCCGCGGGGACUCCCCGCGUUCCCCAGCCCUGGGCCGGCGGGGGAGCCCGGCCCGGGGGGAUGAGGACAGCCCCCUCCCCACAUGUGCUCAGUGAAGCUUUCCUCAGCCUACCCCGGCGUCAAGCGUCUUGUGUCACCGUGCUGGGGAGGGGUCUGUCCGGCACCCCCGGGUGCCACUAGGGCAGGGGACAAUGGCAAUGGGACAAGUUCCAAGCUGCCAGACCUCAGCGAGCUCGGCAGGGCGAGAGCCGGUGGCCAGCCGCUGCCCGAG